AUUAAUUCUCUCUACCAACGGGAUGUUUGAGAUCCCGGUGGUGCAAUUGGGCUCGAAUUCGGUAACUGGUUUCUUAAAAACUGCUUUGAACUGAAAUCCCAACCAAUCUCUUCAUUGACGCAAUAAGAAAUAAACAUUUCUGAGUAGUAGUGUUAAAAAAAGUAAAUGAAAAUCAUUGAAUACCAUUUCGUAACUUGUGAAAUCAAGCCGGCAAUGGUAGUGAGGUGAUAAUUUAACUGCCGAAACGUGAUCUGCGAAAAGCUGAUUGAUACCAUUUCAUCAUUUGAUGAAAUCGAAUUUAUGUGCUGUGGCGUGUUUAUCAACUUCAUCAAUCAGGAAGAGAGAACAUAUUAUGUUGGUUGAAAAACGUUCACAAUUUCGUAUAUUCUCAAAUAGAUAUGUAUAGCUUAUUGCUGCAUAUGUAAUAAGGUGACAAGCUUUGUUGGUUUUUUAAUCAAAAUAAAUUCAAGCAUGAGAAACAAAUUCGUUGCUCGAUUAAAUUCCUAGUGAUUGAGUAGUGAUUCAUGGAUCUGAUCAAUGAACACAAAGGAAAUUGUUGGCUGAAGCCGAUUUUCGGAAAAAACUGGAACGGUAUCAAUUUCAAAAGUAUUAAUUAGACCCACCAUGCUAACAGCCGUAAGUGAUUCUCCUUGGAUAUAUUCAGCGGUGCUUGUUGGUUGGCAAUCAGUUUGAACGUGAUAAUUCCCUAGUGAGAUAGUGCCUCCCAGUUCUAAUAUCACCAGGAGUCUACUACGACAUACCACAAGUACCUACCGCUAGAGCUGCGCGUCGUUAGACUGCUGCUAGACAAACAUGAAGCACCGCCGAAAAGUUUACAUCACGUCAGUAGACGAAUCAAACAACGGUCAGCUUCCGGUGCUACCAGUUCCAGCAGCUCUGCAACCGCCGCACUGCGUGCUAGGUGCAACUCAGUUACCGAUUCCAUCGAUAGACUUCGCCAUGUCACUCGACAAACAAGAGCAGCCGUUCGGCGAUGCUCGCUAUGAUCCGGUUGAAAGGCAACAAAUUAACGCAUCGUUGGUCGGUGUGCAGAUUGGUUCCGAAGUGCAGCAUCAGGGAGAUCCUUUCGAAAAGACAUUGAGGCGGCCGGCAGUCGUCCGAAAUUGGCCUAUUAUUUCGCAGCCGAUUGCACUGCUGACGAUAUUCUUGCUGCUCUGGGGGAUUGCGUUUUCGCUGCUUCCCCGGGAGCUGACGGAGCUCGAUACGCCGCUCAUGAGGCUGUGCUUUCUGUUUGUCGGUGCACAGAUCAGCGGCAUUCUAGUUUCGCUGACGGGACUGCCCGAUAUGCUCGGUAUGCUGUUCUGGGGCGUACUGUACACUAACGUUGGCUGGGCUGAUUUUCACGGACUGCAGAAGGUGGAGGUGUUUCUGAGGGAAAUGGCUCUUGUUAACAUUAUGCUGCUGGCAGGUCUCGGCUUGGAUUACGAAUCUCUGAAAAAACUCUUCCGAUUCAUUAUGCAACUGACCCUUAUCCCGACGGUGGCUGAGGUGGCUGCAAUCGCUAUCCUAUCCAGGUACCUUCUGGAUCUACCUUGGCUGUGGGGAACUCUCCUGGGCCUGGUGGUAACGGCAGUUUCGCCGAACGUCGUCGUGACAGUGCUGCUGCGCCUGAAGGAGGAACAGCUUGGCAUGAAUAAAGGAAUCCACACAUUAAUCAUCGCUAUGACAAGCUGUAAUGAUGUUUUAGCUAUUUUCCUAUUUGGCGUCCUUUUGGGGGUGACAUUCUCCACUGGUAACCUCACGAGCCAGAUACUCCAGGGACCUAUCGGUAUCGUAAUUGGUCUCGUCUUUGGCGGCGCUUGUGGUGUCUGGUUGCUUUACAUGCCAUCCCAUCAAGCGAAAUACACCAACGGGUUACGUUUCACGAUGACGAUCCUCGCCGGGACGCUUUCUGUGGUUGGGAGCAAACUUAUUGGAUACCCAUCGGCAGGUGCUCUGGGUUGUAUAAUGACGGCUUUUGUCGCCGGAACCGGCUGGAAAAAGCGCCCCGAGUAUGACACGAACGAGGUCGGCAUGUACCUGGAUUUGCUGUGGAAAUUUCUGAAGCCGGUGUCAUUCUCGUUAAUUGGAAAGGAAGUGAACUUUUCGGUUCUGGAAGGAAACACGGUGCUGUACGGAACAGUCACGCUACUGGUGGCUGUUUUGUUCCGGCUCGUAUUCUCCUACAUUUCAACGCUCGGCAGCGAUCUGAACUGGAAGGAAAAAGCCUACGUAACACUGUCUGGAUUCCCCAAGGCCACCGUUCAAGCGGCACUCGGUCCUGCCGCACUGGAUUUGGCACGCAGUUUAAACGCAACCGAGCAAUAUCCCCGAGCCCAAACGGUGCUAAUUGUGACGGUAUUGGCCAUCGUCUUUACAGCUCCGCUGGGGGCACUUCUCAUGGUCAAGCUGGCUCCCAGGUGGCUGAAUCGAGGUCCGCCGGAGAUGUGAGGGUUGUUCGUGUGCUGGAUUCUUGCUCCCAGUUUCAGCGAGUCUAACAGGAGCAAAAAAAAACACACUUGUUUUAUCCGGUUUGCUACCAGGAAAUGAAGAUUGGUGUUUGAAUCUCAUUUACUGUAGUGGACAUUAUUCGAAAAGCUUUCAGAACUUCUGAAAAGAAAUAGAAAAUAUUUGCUGCCUUAAAUUAUACUUGCUUAUUAAAACAUAGGUAAUAAAUUAUCGAAGCGUC